AUGUUGGGAGCGUCUCUGGUUGGACAACGCAGCGGUCGCUUCGACGAGAGUGGGAAGUUGGUUCAAAUAUCACAACCAACUACAACUAUGUCGAUUCUAGGCGGAUUUAUCAUCAUUUUUGGUCUCUUUGCAUUCAAUCUUGCUUCUUACCAAUCAAUCACUGGAUUUGGCAAUGGUACUGUGUAUGGUGUCAUUACUGUCAACUGUAUGUUGGCUGCAUCGAGCGGUUCCAUCACAGCGAUGUUCUUCAAUCACUUUAAAGAAAAGGAAGCGUCGGGACAAUGGAGUCUUACCACGGCAAUAGACGGCUGUCUAGUCGGACUGGUAGCUAUAAGCGCCGGUGCCAAUUCAGUCUACCCGUAUGGAGCCUUCGUGAUUGGAGUAGUCGCCGGUAUAGUGUAUGUUAUCACAAAGAGGAUGGUUGUGAAGUGGAGCGUAGAUGAUCCUUUAAACGCUGUAGCAAUUAUUUAA